AUGUGUCGCACAGCUGAUUACAGUCCAUCAAAUGCGAGGCGUUGUCGUCUGUUUCGCAGCUUGUCAAGUAUGGGAAUAAUAGUACCUACAAAUGCAACCCCAUCUGAUACAGUUGCUAAUGGGAUUUUGGAAUCAAGUUCAUAUGUGGGGUAUCAGCAUUCUUGCGAUCCGGCUUUAUCAUUCUUCGCAGUCUACGAUCGUUAUCUCGUCUGCAACACUACAAUUGGGACUCUACAAUGUCCAGCAACGACGUUUUGGGAUGGAUCAAUUUGCAUGAAUAAAGGUUACAAUGGAUUCAAUUGUAAUUCUCCGAUUAUGUGCAGAUCAGAUUUAAAUUUGAGCUGCUCGAUUCCAAAUGGAGAAUGUAGAGUUAGUGUUUGCAACAGCAUAUUUCUGAAUGAAACGACUUACUCAACUGGUGGUAGUCCACAGUCAGUAGCCGUAGUCGACGUUAACAGCGACAACAAACCCGAUAUUGUUGUAGCAAACGGAGGUUCAAACAACGUCGGUAUUCUUCUCAAUGCAGGCAAUGGUACGUUUCUUAGUCAGAUUAUUUACUCAACUGGUAGUAAUCCACAGUCAAUAGCAAUAGUCGAUGUCAAUAGCGACAACAAAUCCGAUAUUAUUGUCGCAAACUAUGGUUCGAACAACGUCGGUAUUCUUCUCAAUACAGGCAGUGGCACGUUCCUCAAUCAAACGACUUACUCAACUGGUGGUGGUCCACAAUCAGUAGUAGUAGUCGACGUCAACAACGACAACAAACCUGAUAUUGUUAUCGCAAACGGAGGUUCAGACAACGUCGGUAUUCUUCUUAACAAAGGCAAUGGCACGUUUCUCAAUCAAACUACUUACUCAACUGGUAGUAAUCCACGCUCAGUAGCAGUAGUCGAUGUCAACAACGACAACAAACCUGAUAUUGUUGUCGCAAACUGGGGUUCAAACGACGCCAGUGUUCUUCUCAACACAGGUAUCGGCACGUUUCUGAAUCAAAUUAUUUACACAACUGGUGGUGCUCCACAGUCAGUAGCAGUAGUUGAUGUCAACAACGACAAUAAACCCGAUAUUGUUGUCGCAAACUAUGGAUGGGCUACCGUCGGUGUUCUUCUCAAUGCAGGCAAUGGCACAUUUCUUAGUCAAACUAUUUACUCGACUGGCGAUCAUCCGGCAUCAGUAGUAGUAGUCGACGUCAACAAGGACAACAAACCUGAUAUUGUUGUCGCAAACUGGAAUUCAAUCAGCGUUGGUGUCCUUCUCAAUGCAGGCAAUGGCACGUUUCUCAGUCAGAUUGCUUACUCAACUGGCAGUUAUCCAACCUCAGUAGCAGUAGUCGAUGUCAACAGCGACAAACAACCCGAUAUUGUUGUAGCAAACGGAGGUGCGAACAACGUCAGUGUUUUCUUACACUGUUAA